AUGUCUGGCAGACGCUUUGUCGGCCUCAGCGACGAACAGCCCGUCCCCCGCCUCUUGACCGUUAUAGGCAAGAAACCCACCGCCAAAGUCAUGAAGGAUACCGAUGUGGAUGCUCCGCCUCUGAGCAGCUCUGAUUUGAGCGACAACGGCGGAUUAUCAAGUCGAGGGAACAUUACAUCAAGUCACUUCGCCAGCUCUGGCCGUAAUAAAAAGUCACACCCAAGGCAAGAUAUCAAAAACGCAGGGUCCGGCAAGAAAACUGUUGCACCAGAAAAGCGUUUCGCGCAGACCCGGGCAUCUACACGGCCGGCCGCUAGGGGGGAACGUAAUGCAAGCUUGAAAGGCGCGAAUGGCCAGGAGGCGAUUGAUGACAGCGACAACACCAUCACAGGCUCCCCUCCCUCCAAGAAACCUAAGCGGACUUCACCGAGAGAUGGCGAGCGAGGUAGCCAGUUUGAACUUGACAUAUUUGCCAAGAAGUCGACGGCGACUCGGCGUUAUGGUAAAGGGUUUGGUGCUAAGCCCAGGCCGAAGGCGUCACCGGCGAGGACGUUCAAGCGCCCACCCAAGGAGCCUACAUCAGAAGCGGAGGAGCCGGACAGGUACAGGCUCAAGCUCCCUCCCUCACCGUCGGAGUUAAGAGACGAGUCGCUGUCGCCAACCCGCAAAUUCAAGGCCGUCCCAGAUCUUGGUUCACCCGCCAAAUCAUCUCCAGUACGGAAGAAGCGUCUGAUAAUGCCAGAUGACGAUAACCUAUUGUUUCCAAGGGAAUUACAAGACAAUGAGGAGUCGCAACGGCCGGUAUUCACAAUGCCGGACGAGCUCCCGGAAUCCUUCGUCGGAGGUGACAACGACAAAUUCGAUGUUGCCCUUUCCCAAACCACCGGCAACUCAUUCAAAGAACCCAAUAUCAUCUGGGACUCAAGCUCCCCCCUCACCGACCUCGAAACCACCAACCUAACCCCGCUCUGCCCGCUCUGCAACAAACCCGUCGACCAGGCGCAGCUCGACGAGUUCAAGGCGAGCCAGCCGCGCAUGACGGUAGCCGGGAUGCGGCGGUUCUGCGAGCAGCACCGGCGGCGGACGGCGCGCGAGACGUGGGUACAGAAGGGGUACCCGGACAUCGAGUGGCCGCGGCUGGACGGGCGCAUCGCGCGGCACUACGGCUUCCUGCGGCGGAUCCUCGAGGGCGGCGAGCCGUGCCACCACGGCGACCUGUUCCGCGACGCCGUCCUCGCCGGCCGCAACCGCACCCUGCUGCAUUCCGACGCCAACCUCACCCCGGGUUACUACGGCAUCCGCGGCCUGCGCGCCAUGACCGAGAACCUCAUCUCCGAGUUUGCCGCCCUGCUGCGCAGGCGGUCGGUCGAGGACCGCCUGAUCGCGGCGAGGGGCCAUACCAUGUACCUACAGGCCGUGCUGGUGCCGGAGUUGGCGGUGCGGUUGAUUAUGGAGGAUAUGGGCGUGGGUGUGGAGGAGGCCCGGACGAUCUUGACGGAGAGCAGCGACGUUGGGGAGCUGUUGAAUGAUGAGAUUCCUGACGUCAUAUUAGACGACGGUGAUGGUGACGACGAGAGUGAUGAGGCGGGGUUGAGCUAG